AUGGAUUAUCUUACUCAUCUUGAUAGAAAGGAGCCUUCUAAAGCUAUUAGACAAACCCCGGGGUUGGGAUAUACGUAUCCAGUGAAAUAUUGGGAUUUUCACGUUUAUUACGAAUCAGAUACCAAAGAAGAGUCUGACAAGUUACGGGAAAAGUUAUUAAUUGAUUUUGAACAAGAGGGCAAAGAAGGAUUAAUAAUUGUGAAAAAAUUACCGAAAGACGUAGCAAUUGGUCCGCAUUAUACUCCCUUUUGGGAGGUUGACGUUACCAGGGUUGAAAUCUUUGCCAAAUUGAUUAGUUGGUUUCUGUUGAACCAUGGGACACUUUCGGUAUUGAUUCAUCCUCAAACUGGUGAUGAUUUGAGAGAUCAUACCAAUGCUGCUCUUUGGUUAGGUAAACGGUUAGAGUUGAAAACCCAUAUUUUCAGUCCAACCCCGGCUGGUAUCGCUGAGUUUGGGGUUAAAGGUGGUGCACAUAUCAAGCCCGAAGAUUUCGAUACUUGGGUAACUAAGUUUGACUGA